AUGGCAGACUUCAACGAGACGAAGUACAACGAAGACGAGGCGAUCAGCAUGUCUCACGAUAUAGAAGACGAGAUGGACCGCGACGCCAAGGCUCGUGCAGCCGUCGAUGAUCUGGCGGCCUACGAGUCAGAUGAGGAGACCAACAGGCCGACAAGCGAGCUUCCCAGCGGUCGUCGUUCGCGCGCCACGUCUGUCGGCUCAGCUCAUUCUGGACGAUCAGCACGAUCCGGUAGACGCUCCCGUACCCGUACCGCCGACUCGGAAGCAGAUGCCAGUCAGAUCUACGGAGACGAUGCGCGCUCGAUCAAGUCGCUCAAGAUGGCAGGCUCGCGGCCUCCCUCGCGAAGUGGUCGACACGAACGAAGUAUGAGCGGCCAGUCGACGGCCACUUCCCUCAACGCCGACGACAGAUCAGAGGGCUACCUUUUCUUGCACGAUUCGGUGGAUCCCGCUCUCAAGCCCAGCUUUAUCGAAGCAGACGGCAAGAAGCCGGAUCUCAAAGACGGCUUGGCCGCGCCGAGCGUUCACGGAAGCUACGUCUCCGGCGGCAAGGACACCAUCUUCACAAAUUAUACAUUCACCGGUCCAGCAGCUGGACCGCCCAUUGACUACAUUGCCCAAAGUGACAACUUUGGUCCCGAGCAGGCUUGGUACUUCCUCCGCUCGCUCAUUGGCCUCGAAAUCGCACACGAAGCAAGGUAUCUAUGGAAGCUCGAUGAUCUGUCGCCAAUGUCACCUUACGAUAUUGAGGAAGAAACUCUCCGUGAUGGCAAGCCAGUUGCACUCCAGGCACCCAUCUUGCGAUACUUGAUCAAAAACUUUCUGCUCACCCUGCCUUUCGUCCGGGACACGACGAGCUUGCAUGAUCAGAGCAAUCCUCUGAGCGGAAGACCAGAGUCCUACCUUGAUGACAAUGCCACAUACACAGGCGACAAGCUCACAGGUCCCGUCUUCUGGGUAGAGGGACUUCAGCCGCUCAUGCGAGCCGUCCAUAACCUUGACUUGUCAGAGCCUGUCGAUCAGGGCCGUCGCUCGCUCUCGUCGAUCCUCAUAGGCUACUAUGGUAAGCACAUGAUCGAGCGCUUCAUCGGCACAGGUCUCAAGCUCUCGAGCGGUGAGACGAUUGGCGAAGUUGGCGCAAAAGGCCACCGUCACUCUAUGCUCAACCCACUUAUCAACCUGCAAAUCCCUCGUCAGCCUGGCGCAGGUGCCACUGUUCGUCCACGCUCAUUCGGACCUGGUCAUGUUCUCGCUAGCCCAGGCUCGCCGAACCAGGACGGCAAGAAGCGCACCUCUCGCGGCCUGUCAAUGUUCUUCAAUCGCUCAGGCAGCAGAUCUAGCAGGCCCGAAACGCCUCAGAGUAUGGUCAGCUCGGCACCUCGCCAGAGUGUCCUCGCUGCUCCCAUGACUGCAGCCGUCUUGCCUGCCAUUGCGGACGACGACGACGAACGCUCAUCUAUCGCUCAUUCUGACAUUACUGAGCCCGCACCUCAGCAGGCUCCUUCUGGUCUCGUGGUCACUGAUGACGCUACCGAUGGUGCGGUCACUCCACGGGCUUCGCCUGGACCAGAGGUCAAGCUUGCUGGGUCCGCGUCAUCCGACGUUAUUGGCGGUCCCGAAGAGCCGCACAAGAGCGAGCAGCUUGCUAGCAGCAACGCGCAAGAGCAUCAUGCUACGAUCGCGAGCGAGCCAGCCGCUGAAGCAGAGAGCGAGGGCGAAGAGGCAGAUGUCACAUACCUGCCAGAGCGAACAUCGUCGAUGCGCGACCCUGCUCUUGCCCGUGAGAGCAACGUAAGAGAUAGCUCAUCCACUACUGGUGGUAUCUCUGCCUGGGUUGGCGGCCUCUUCAGCGCAGCUAGUGCUAACACUGCGCCCAUCCAAGAAGAGGACACGAAGUCGCCAAAAAUGGCGUCAUCGGUCGAUGGCACGGACACCGAAGGCGAUACAGACUACGAAUCGAUCAUCAACGCCUCAUCAGAUGCAGGCGAUGACCACGUUUCGGCGCCUGCUGCACCUCCCAUCAGAGGCCUGACCGACGUCACCAAUCUUCAGACUCAUUCGAAUGGCUAUGGCUCUGCCGACGACACUUCUCCCACGCUCGUCUGGACAGAGGGUACCAAGCAUGGACAAAAGGAAAUCGUGCCUGUUCCCGGAAAGACAGAAUACCUGCCGGAACGUGGCUCGUCGAUGACCAAGUCUGGACGUCUCCCUGCUGGCUCCGAAUGGAGCGCACCCAUGGUUCUACCGGACAACCUGCAUUCGGUUGAGAACAUUGGUGCCACGAACAUCGAUCCCGAGGAGCUCGCUCGUUUGCCAAUAUCUGUGCCACUGGUGCCCAAGAGCGGACACCCUUGGCCCUGGGGGGCGCCCGUCCCAUUUUGGAAGGGCACACCCGUUCAUCGAGUUGAAUGGGGUGGUUUCGAAGCCGAUGUGAUCGGUGUACGCAAGUCUGCGUUCGGUCACAGCUUCAUCAUUCGCGUUCGCCGACCUGGCCGUCUUGACGAAUAUGUCCUCCGCGACGAGGCACAGUUCCGCAAAUAUCUUGCCGCACUUGACAAGGAGUUUCCGGUCGCUCACGUACGUCGGAUUCCAUCUGGUAAGAUUCGUCCAGAGGACGACGUCGUAGACGGUCAAGCGCUCGCUGCCACCCUCGCAGCAAAGGAGAAGAAGCCUAAGGCAGCAGCAGCGACAUCGUCCGCACCGGCGCAGCAGCCUGCAGAGCCUACGCCUGCACGUACGAUGCCUAAGAAGCAGUCUUACGGCGGCUCUCGGCUUUCGCUUCGUCUCAAAGAGGCCGCUCGUGAUGGCGUCAAAGCACCCGCGGCUAGCGUUGCCCCAGAUGCGCGCACAGAAGCGUCCGCACGAGCUCCCGCUACCGAAGUCUCUCGCGCAACCGGACUCAACACUCUGCGUGCCGGCAGUGCAGCUUCGCCAUCGGUAACCGGCGUUGGUAGCGCCAUGGAUCAGAAGGCGAUGCCCGCCCAUGACGCCCUCCGUCGCGCUCUGCGAGCCUGGCUUCGAGAUACGCUCUCUGUACGCACCGUCGGCCACAGCAAGGAGACUGCGCAAUUCCUUUUGCUCGGCCCCAUCUCACCGAAAGAAGCAGACGUCAAGGACAUCCGCAGACGAGAAGUCAUUGAUGAAGCUCGCAAGGCUGGCCGCGUACAAGUCGCUCAAGGCGCGGCCGAACGCACCCGCGCCAUGCAGACUUUCUGGCAUGAAGCAUCUGACGAGGUCAUCAAUGGCGACGGCCUGCUCGCGAUCUCGGAGGCCCUCAGACAAAGUCCGACCAUUGAGGGAUUACCCACGAAAUAUCAGAAGAGUAUCGAGUGGAUGCGAAUGGGUCUCGCACAAGGCCUGUACGACCUGCUAUGCUGUGGCGAGCAUUCAGCCGCGCUCUUUACCAAGGUAAAGGGUCUGCAUGCUGCCUUUCCAUGGUUCUUGGUCAGGCAAGCAUUCAAGAUCCCGAGCACGAAUCUUAUGGCGAAGGCGCUGCAAGAUAUCCUGUUGGCCAAGCCCUUUGGUAACAAGAGUCUCUUGCAGCGAACGCUUGCCACUGUGCUCGAAGAUGAUCCGACACAGCUGCAUCAACAAAUCGAAGCCUGCCGUGCCCGCAUCUCAAGCUCGGUUAUGUGCGAUAAGCUGACGGCGUUUGUCUAUUCGUCUCGGGACAACAAGGAGAUGGUCCGUCAUCACGCUGAGGAUAAUAAUCUUGAGCUCGUCGUAGCCAUCGUACGCGGCGCCGACAUGCCACGUCUUGACAAAUUCGAUCUCGAGCGCAUCUUGAAGGCCGGCAAGCAGUACCGGGCUUUCAUGAAAAAGAGUCCAACACCCGUCGCGAAAGCUACUCAGGACAACCCUAGCAUCCGGCUCAUCUUUGAUCUGCAAAUCUUCCUCCGUCUGAUCUCGCGCGAAAGAGACGCACAGCAGAUCCGAGGCCUGAUGACAGAGGACAGCACUGCCGAGGCACUCGAAGUCAUCAUUCAGCCCAUCUUCGAGCUCAUCAAGCGUACGUACAAGACGGGCAACAUGUCAAAUGCUCUUGGCGAUCUACAACGCUUCCUGGAUCAGCUCAUCAUCAUCGUCGAUGCACUUCGAUCACGGAUCCAAGAUCCACAGAAAGCAGUCCGUAUCUUGGCAAGGCUGCUCUCGCGCCACCAGCAAGCGCUCUACACGUUCUUGCACUUCAUCCAUCGGGAUGAUACGGUCAUUGAGGAGUUCUUCCAAUGGUUUUGGACCAUCACAGUGUUCCUCCGGCGAGGUUUGGCAGAGACAAUCGAUCUCGACGCGCUCCUACCGACAGAGACGAAUGACCGCAAUUACCUGCUUGACGAAAUUGACGACGUCGUCGAAUACCAGCGCAAGAAGCGCACGAAGCAGUAUGAAGUCAUGUGCCGGCGCUACGCUGGUGAAAUUGACGGCGAUGACCCUGUCAUUGUCGAGGGUGAUGGCUCGGGCAAAUCCCGACUGACGCCGCUCGUCGAGCCGGAGAUCAAGUCACCGCGAUUGGUCGAGAUUCCAAGGUGCAUCGACGCAUUCAGACAGGCAGUCAGCCACAUCUUCUCAGUAUGA